GACUCCCGACCGGGACCAGAACAGCAUCGGCGUGCAGACUCACACGCUGUUAUCACCGUAAAUCUGAGAGUUCAGGUUUCCAAUCCGCAAUGAGAGACUACUCAGCGACUCCGAGCAAUGGAGGCUCCUGUAUGCCGUGUUGCCAAGUUUGCGUCUUUGCCUUUACCGCAUUUCUCCUCGUUGCAGAGAGGACGGCACUGAUCUACUGCUUUGUGUACUAUCUGUGGGUGGGUCACAACUACUGCUAUGCCUAUCUUGCUGGCUUCACUGCACUGUUCCUGCUGCCAGGUUGGGGUCCCCAGUUGCUCAGUUACCUGUGGUACCUGUCAGAUGGACGCAUCCGCAGGAAGUCUCUCACCUGGACACACAUACUGCACCUGGGUAUCUUCAAAAGGCUGUUGGAGUGUAUGGCUCUGCCAGAUGAGGAUGUGUAUGGUGAGAUCAUGCAGCAGGCUGAUGCAUCUGCCUUGCGUCUGUUUGAGGCCUUGGUGGUCACCCUUCCUCAGACGCUGCUGCAGACCUAUGUGCUCAUCUGUACUGAUAUAGGAAUCAAGUCUCCAGCCUCUGUGUGUUUUGUAGUGUGUUUGUUAUCUCUCGCCUGGGCCUUGGUCCUCUAUGCCAGAGCCUGUUCACUCAUCAGACCAGGACACCUACAAAUGACCCCCGCUGCCAUACUCUGCCGACUGCUGUGGAGGGUCAGUAUGUUGGGAUCUCGAUUUGCCGUUCUUAUGCUCUUCACACGUAUCUUUAAACAGUGGGUCCUUGGAGUAAUGGGUGUGCACUGGCUUGGUGCAACUUUCUGGAUGGUGUCUCAGCAGACUGACAUCAUACGUUCAACUAGUCGAUGGAGACUCUUCAACCUCGUUCUGGGAGCCAUUCACAUCUUCCUUUUCCUCAAUGUGAAGCACGGUCAAUCCAGAUGCCGCAUUGCUGGUUUCUACCUGGCCAUGUUUAUAGAGAACGCUUUUCUUCUUCUGGCCUCCUCGUGGAUGUUCACCAUGGUGUCCUGGGAUACGGUGGGAAUCCCAGCUGCAGUCUUCUGUAGCUUCCUCAUAGGAGUGAUAGCAUUGGUGCUGUACUAUCGUUUCCUCCACCCUAAGUCCUUUGAAAUUUUCCAGAGUAUUCGCUACAGGGGGAUAGGUGGAGCCUGCAUGGAGCGUGGAUCUACACUCUCAUUGGAGGAGAAAGUCACACCCACUUUUAACCGCCAUGCGACACUGUCAGGAGGUGGGACCCUCAUGGAUCUCCCUAUCCAAUGGGAGGGCUGGAAACAUCACCACUGGCUGCUGAUUCGCUUGGCCCUGAAGACGGGGGAUGUAACUAAGAUCUGGUCGUUGUAUGGCGAGGGGGGACUUGCCGGACUGAUGGGUCUGUCUGAAGAAGUUCACUCCCCCGAUGAACUUCUUGUCCCUCGGCAUCCACCUGUUCAGCCACAGGUUCCUCAGAUCUCGCAACCAGCUCCUCAACCAGCUCCACCACAGGUGACCCAGGCUCCACAGGUGAGAGAGGUGGUCCAGCCACCAAAGCCAGCUCCCACCAGUGUGGUAGCCAGACCAGUGAGAAAAGCUCCUCCCACAACAAUCCAAGAUAUGAGAAGGUUUCCAGAGAUCAUCCCAGUCCAGGAGGUCAUUCUUGAAGAGACGGAAAGAGAGACAGAAGAGGAGUCCAGCGCUCCACCAUCAGAAGACAAAGGUGAUGAGGAGUUUCAGAGUGCAGCUUAUGGCUCGCCAACUAUUUCAUCUCCGCGGCAAACAGGAAGCCUCCGCCACAUUGACAGCAAUGCUGCGACCCUGACUGAAGCCUCGUCCUCCCCAGGCUCUCUGGACAUCAAGACUCCCGGCUGGUCACCUGAGCGACGUUCCCCUCUCCCAAUUGGUUCCCCGGAGAAAAAAUCGGGGAUCCCUGGAGAGUCCAGCACUACAUUGUACUUCAGCGCGGAUGCACAGUCUCCCUCCAGUGGGAGCUAUCUAGGCUGGGGUUCCGAGUUGUCCCCCAUCUCCACCUACAGAAGUCCCUACCGGAUCAGAGAGGCUCGCUUUGUCACAUCCACCCCACGACUGGAGCCUCGAGCUGGCGCUGAAAGUCCAUGCCUAGCCCCUGUUGUUGUUAUCCCUGCCACUCCUGGUACAACACCCGGCACCUCCCCAGGUGGAACCCCUGGUGCUUCAACACCCGCUGCUUCAACACCCGCUGCUUCAACACCCGCUGCUUCAACACCCACCGCUUCAACCCCUGGUACUCCAGUGGUUCCACUCACUCCAGUCAUCUCCCAUGCUCGCAAACAGAUGGUCCAGUUUGUGGACAGCAGAGAGAGGGCAGUGUAA